GAGAGAGAGAGAGAGAGAGAGAGAGAGAUAGGAAACAUGACAUGAGCAGCGCACUGAAAACAAGCGGCACUGUGUUCACACUCGCGUAUAUACCUGCACUAAUCGGAGAGCUGCUGUUUUGAAAGUGACGGACAGCAGACCGGCAGCCGAUGCACAAAGCGGAUUUUUGGAUAGGAACCUGUAUCCUCUGUGGAUUGUGUGCUUUUUAGACAAAAAGGCCUUUCAUUUUGCAGUCAACCGAAGACAGACAGACAGACGGAGCGAGAGCGAAGCUCCCCAAGAGACUGACACGCUGAGGUAGACGGGUCGACCUACAUCCUGCUGUUUUCGUGGAGAUCUAGGACACUUCUCCGCCAGCUUAAUUUUAUCAACCAACAGCGGAAAAUCAAGAGGGAAACAAGAAAUUUGUGUUGAGUCUGGACACUGAACCAAAAACCCCUUCAACUGGAUAAAUGAGGGUGGCUAAUGCUGAGCUCCAGAUGUUCUUUAUCUUUUUGGUUAAUUUGGACACUUGAGUGGCCUCCUGUCGUAACUACACUGAACUUGUAAUAAACAGACGAGAAAACCUUUAAAGUUAUUAUUGUCACCACCCCCUCACCCCCUUGACCUCCGACGUGGUCUUUUCCCCAAGUAACAUUUCAAACUGGCUGCCACUAUACAAAAAUGGAAAAUCUGACAUCAGCCCUCAAAACAUUAAACAAAAACUCAGAGGAUAACCAUAACUGCAUUGAGACCUUCAGCAGUUAUGAAGAAUCUCUUCCUUCUGCCGAAGGGAGUCCAUCGCGCAUGGGGCGCAUAGGCAAGCCCAAAAACAAUAUGAACUGCAGGCGAAAGCGCGAGUUCAUUUCGGAUGAGAAGAAGGACGCCUGCUAUUGGGAGAAACGCCGCAAAAACAACGAGGCCGCCAAGCGCUCCCGGGAGAAGCGACGUCUCAAUGAUAUGGUUUUGGAGAACCGUGUCAUUGCAUUGAAUGAUGAGAAUGUGAGGCUCAAGACAGAGCUUCUCCAGCUGAAGCUGCGCUUUGGCCUUAUAAGUACGGCCUCUUACAUUGAAAAGAGCCAACAGAUUGGUGGAACCAACAACUCAGGGAAUGGUGGCUCCUCCUCAUCCUCCUCCUCUUCUGCCCAAUACUACUCCAGCGGUUACUCUAGCGGCUCUCAGGUGAUGAUGAACUCUGAUUCCUCAGAAACGGAGCAGUCUGGACACAACGAAGGCCACAGGCAGCUAGUGAAAUACUCCCCGCGUGGCUCCCUCUCUGACAUGUCCGACGGCUCCUCCAGGGACAGCCCCGAGCCAAUACCUUUUGAGAUCAAACAGGAAGGUGACAGGCUAGAGAUGGACAUUGCCAAUGGUACCACCACCCAGAUCAUGUUCAACAUCCACCACGGCCUGGCCACUGCGCCCACUGUGCCCACUGUGCCCACUGUGCCCACUCACCACCAGAUCCAGCAGCAUUCUCAGGAGCUGGAGACUGCGUAUCACAGCCAACAGCAGCAGCAUCACCAUCACCUCCAACAACAUCAACAACAACAACAACAACAGCCCCACCAGGAGCCUGUUACCACUAUCAACACUGUCAGCCAGCCUGCCACUCACCCACUUGCUGCCCAGAGGAGCGUUAUUCUGUACGGCUCUAGCAAUGUCUCCUAUCCCGUGGACGCCCUAACAAGGCACCAGGACAUCGAUCUGCAGGCCGCCCAGAAGCAGAGCAGCGGUAGCAGCCAAAUGUGUGUCAGCCAACUGCCCCAGUCUGUUACAGAGAGCUCCACAGAGACACUAGCUGAUGUGACAAAGCAGCUGGAGACGAAGACAUUAGACUCCCCUCCAUAUGAUCUCUCAGACGGCCGUAAUGAGGCUGAAGAGAGACAUGUGUACAGAGUUUGCCAACUUCCUCAGCAGCACCAGCAGGAGAGAGAUUCAUCUGCAGAGGGGGUCAACCACUCUCACCUGUACCAUCAUCUUCAGCAGCCUCAUCCUUCAUACCUCGGUGCACAAGACGAGGAGCCACCUGUGCUGACCUAUGAAGGCGGGCACAGGAGCGAGUCUUACGACCAAGGCCAAUCAAGCAAGGACACAUCAUCCAUUGAUGGAGAUCCUCGCAGCUCUGACAAAGACGCCUCUGAUGAUGAUGAAUCCCCCUCCUCAUCAUGCUCCGAUAUGGGCAGCUACCACAACCAACAUCUUACAAGCCUCCACAACCCUGCCUCGCCUCUGCCUUCCACCCAGGGAAGCUCUCAGGCCCAGGGCCGUGAUCCCCAGGGGGAGGUGAAGGGCACAGCAUUGCCCCACAAACUCAGACUCAAACACCGGGCCAUGAGCACCGGGAGCAGUGGGGGCAACUGCUCGGGCCAGGAAUCCCCGACAACCCCUCCCUCUGCCACUCCACCUCCCCUGCCCCAGCAUCCUUACUUGUCACUCAUGCCACAGCAGAACAUUAUGCGAGAGAGCCCGAGUGGAGGCUAUAAACAGGCGGAGGGGGGCAGGAAGGAGAGUGGGAAAAAGGAGACAGGUGGACGACGAAACAAGAGGCGAGAUUAAGUGACAUUCUUUUUUAGAACUUGUCACAACAAAAGACAUAAUUUCACCUCUAAGAUCUACCCUGCCGUCAUGCCUUUGCCCUAUAAUCAAAUCCCCUCCUCAAGCCCUUGGGACAGCAAGCUGGGCUUUUUCUACUCCCCUAUGCCCAAUGUCACCUAAAAGGCUAGACUUCUUAGAGGGCUGUAUCAUAUUUGUAAAUAUUGUACAGAUUUGUCAUUUCUUAAAUCCUCUCCAUACUUACAGAAGCAGUUUUGUUUAUGUGACGAGAGGAGGAAUGGAACUGCCUGCUUUUCAUCAACAUUUAGAUCACUACAAACAAGAUUGUAGGAAAUAGGAAAAGUUUUGAGCUUUAUAAGUACUAUAAAUUUGGUACAUAUCUGACUGUAGACAAACAUACACAUGUAUGGCUAUCUGCCUUAAUUUAAAUCUAAUGCAAACGUACACUGGGGACAUUCCCUCGACCAAAGAAGCACCAACACCACCAACACUACAAAUAUCAAGUUCCAUACCUCUUCCCAGACCCUACCUCUACCAACCCAUACUCUCCCCAACCAACUCCAUUUUUUCACACAAAGAUCGCCAUCACCUUUAUUUUUUAAGCACUUGGUUUGUAUAUUACUGUGAUAUAUGAAUAUAUGUAUCUAUUAUAAAUAUAUAUUUUACAAAGAAAUUUGAAUACAAAUUCAACAAAAAUGCGACAAACCUGCAACGGUAAAAGAGGGUUUUGAAAGUGACCAUCCUAUUAUGAAUCACAAUUACUGUACAGCCAUGUUGUCCACUGUUGAUACAGGACCCAUUCAAAUUAAAAACGCCUCUCUCUUGAUUGUUAAGCUUUAGCAUUAAUCAUUUUUAAUGCCCUGUUUACACAGCAAUGGCCGUCCAGUUUGGAGAGCCAACAGCACUGAAUGGAGAACAUGUUGUUUCCAGAGGCCUCAUUAAAAUGUUUGGAUUUCUUAACCUUUAACCAGCCUUUAAAUAUUUGGUGGAAUUCACCAGCUGCAGGCUAUGAGCCUUUAUUUUAUUGAGCUUUAUCAACCAUAUCUUGUUGUUGUUACCAUUCACUGGUCCAAUGUAUUUAUUUCCCUCUCCUCACACGCCCAUCGCUGUUGAAAAGCCCACAGGAACAUAGACGGAGAAUGUGUACAGAACUUUUUAGAUGCAGCCUUUGAACUGUAAUGGAGGUUUGGGAUGAUUGGGAGUUGCGUCACAUUCAUGUAAACACACUGCAUUGUACUGAACAAGUUCCUCUUGCGAAAAGACCUAAGAAGAGUUACUGGACAUUAGUUGACAUUAAAUUAGGUUUUAUACUGUGACCAAGCAUGGCCCUCGAUGUUCAUAUUGGCUCCCAGAUCAUUGAGUUUUUGUGAAAUAAAAGCCAAUGCAAAACAAAAUACUCUAAUCCUCCAAUUGGUAACAGUUUUAAAAUUCCCCAACAGCAAUCUGAGCUUAAAUUAAUGAAAACAAUUACCUCCUUUGUCUCCCAUGUGCCUCCAUUAUUCAUAUCAGGGGUCAUUCAUCCCUUUCUCAUGGUAGUUCUGCUACUGGGCAGUGAUGAAUUGCCUGCACUGGAUCCUAGUUUAGCAAAGGUCUAUGUACCACGUUUGGCUUUUUGGUGCUUGUGUAUAAAUGUAAAGUUCCCCCCACCCUCAAACAACACUGUAAUGUUUAUUUCAUUGGUUUUAUAUCCUCUUUUAUUUGUUCGUCAAGGUGUUGUUCUGUUUUCUCUAUUCUGUGUCUUUUCUAUUGACUGUGAUGACAUGUAUUUGCCUCAUUCCUCAUGCCCCCUUCCCCUUUUUUCAGUGUGUAUUAAUCAGUAAUGUUUGUAGUUUUGCUGAUGGUUUUAUGAAAAAGACAAGAGGACAAAAAAAAGAAAAAGGCAAAGCUAGUGGGGUGUUUAGAGAUGGGUGGUGGUUGGUUUGGUUGGUCAUUACCAUCGCUUCCUUUUGACAUGAAUAUGUAUGUACAGACACUAAUGUUCAUUGUGGAAGAUGGGAGCAUUUCAAGAAAAAUUAAAUAAAAACAAUGUUGACCCUAGCAACAUAUCAAUGAAAA